UGUAGUCGAGCGGCGUUAAACAGUCUCGGCCACCCGUAGCUGGUGGCCGGGUUCAUUUCCAGUGCAGCUAGGCGUUCUUCGGCUGGCGAACGCCGACGCGACCAUGGUAAGCCAACCGCCCCCGAAGGCUUAUGCCUUCGAUGUUGUGGUCCCUGAGGGGACAAGUCCCGAAGACGUCGUCGACGCGACGGCUUCGAUAGUAUCCUUGGAGGAAGUUUAUUGCGUCCAACACUUCGGCGGACGCAAUUAUCAAGUCACCCUGAAGAGCGAAGCCGCCAUGGCUAAAAUCGUCGACGCUGCCAGCCUCGUCAUCGGGGAUGAACGCGUCUCCAUCGUUCCCCUGAGCCCGCAAGUCACGCAAGUGACCGUCAUGUUUCUACCGUGCCGCGUUUCUAGCGAAACGCUGGCCCAAGCGCUGUCACCGUACGGUAAAGUACUGCACAUCAACCGAGGUGUGAUGGGCUCGCGUCCCACUGUCACCACUGGAACGCGCUACGUCCGUAUUGAGAUGAAGCCCGGCUCACCAGUCCCCAACUACCUGAAAGUGGCAGGCCACCGCGUCACCUGCGACUACAAAGGUAUGCAGCGCGUCUGUCGGCGUUGUGGGUCUUCGGGCCAUUUCCGUGUGCAGUGCACAGCACCCUUCUGCGCAAGGUGCGGCAUCUAUGGCCACAUCGGUAAGGGCUGCAUUUUGCCGUGUCGCCGCUGCGGGGAUCCACAUGCAACAGUCGCCUGCUCCCUGCGGCGAACCUACUCGGAGGCGGCGUCGAAGAACUUCCCGCCGCUCCAGUCGAGUACUCACUCACCUGAUCCACCGACCGAUUCGCCAGCCGCGUUGACUCCCGCCCAGGAAGAUGCGCUACCAGCGGCACCAGCUGAGACGCCGACAACGUCCCCCGCGAGCCCGGAACCGGAGAACUGCGAGAGCGUUCCGGAACCGGUCAUACCUCUGUGCUCCCAGGAGAUGGCCGGAGAACACCGUGUCGAACCCCCAACAUCGCGAGCGCCCACAGAGGACAAUGCCCUAGAGGCUGUUUCGUCGCCCUGUCUGUCUGUAGACUCGGCGGCGUGCAGCCUUGUGAUCGAUGAGACGCCUGGCGAGGAUGACGACGCGGCGUCCCUGGGCGACGCAUAUACCAGUUCCUCGAGUGCGUCGUCGUCUACAAGAAUUGAAGACGACUGUACUGCUAGUGAUGUGAGCGGCAGCAGCCCGGACAUUUUCGUGCCACCCUCCCUCCCCACCACUGGCACGAAAAGGCACCGCGGCUCAACCACCGACUCGGACAUUUCGUCGCGUGACAGGAGCCCAUUGAGGGCUUCCUCUCGACCCCGGAAGCCUCGCGCUUCUGCCGGGUCGCCAGUGCGGAAGAAAUGAGACUUUCUGCGCCGAUUUCGGCGCAAUUGAACUCGCCCCCGUCAGUUGAAGUUCGAAGAAGAAGAAGAAGGCGCACGGAACAAGCGGUUCUACCGACGCCCCUGCGUGUUCCACGUCGGGGACGUCCACCUCUCACGCCAUGGCGCCUACAGCGUCAUGGACUCCCUCGAAGGCCCACGUCUUCGAUGCUGUUGUCCCUACGGGGAAUGGUUCCGAGACCGUCGUCGACGCGACGGCCUCAAUAGUUGGCCUCUCUGAGGUCUACUGCGUUCAGCACAUGGGAGGCCUCAACUUCCAAGUCACCGUCAAGAGCAUGGCUUCCAUGACUCUAAUCGUCGAUGCUGGCUGCCUCAUCAUCGGUGGCGAGCGUUGUCCCAUCGUUCCCGUUGGCCCGCAGGUAACCAACGUAACCUGCCUCUUUUUGCCGUCCUUCGUUCCGAACGAAGUCCUCGUCCAGGCACUAUCACCAUACGGCAAGGUUCUGUCUGUCAGCGCUGGUCUCAUGAGCGGACGACGUGGCGUGCUCACGGGCACACGCUUCGUGCGUAUGGAAAUGAGCACCACAACACCUGUCCCCAAUUAUCUCCGAGUCUCUGGUCAUCGUGUAACGUUUGACUACCGCGGCUUGCAACGCGUGUGUCGUCGGUGCGGUUCCAGCGACCACUACCGUGCACAGUGCACCGCAGCGUUCUGUGGCCGUUGUGGCGUCCAUGGCCACGAAAGCGACGGGUGUGACCGUCCUUGUCGGCGUUGCGGGGAUAGUCACCCUACGGUCGCGUGCCCUGUGCGGCGUUCAUACUCAGACGCUGCUACUGGAGCCUUUCCCCCCUUACCGCCGGCGUCAACUGCGGUUGCGACUGCGCGUGACGCCACAACCAAAGAAAUUGCACUGACACCGCAUGAACUAGCGUCAAGAAAUGAAAAAGAAGAAGCAUGCAGCAUGAGAAGUCACAGCGCGCCAUGUUCGCCGGCCUCCUCUACUGAAAAAGAAGACCGUGACGUGGCGGAUCGCAACACGCCAUGUUCGCUGGCCUUUCAAGCAGGGGACAUGCGUGCUGUAGCCGAAAGCGCCUCCACUUCGGCUGUUACCAUCACUCCUCCUGACCCCCAUAAAGUUUUGAACGCGGAUAUAGCGUCUGACCCUGCGAUCGCUGCAGUCGAUGUACCCACGAAGUCUGCUGCGGCUUCAUCAGCCUCAGUUGCAUCUCCUACAGCGGCGCAGCCUUUGCAUCUGAGUGGGCCCCCGGCUGCCGAGGUUGUCGGUGACGAUGAAACCAAACCCGCCGUCUUACCGAUACCGACAUCAUCCUCAUCAGAAAACAGCUUCAGCCUCGGAGUUGAUAGCAGCGUUGGACUCUCGCCGAGCCUGGAUGAACUCGACAUAGAAAUGGCGGCCCCACGAGACGUAAAGCGCGCUCAUGCGUCAGCCUCUGGCUCGGACGGCGGCCCCGAUCGCCGUGCCGAGUUACAGCGGCCCAAAAAACCUCGGCCUUCUUCGAGAGGGUCGAAGAAGUGACGCGUGGACUGCUUAACCCCUGGACUUGUUCCCGGGGCGCCGACUUGAACAACACGACCAGGUCACUUUGGUGAUACAUUUAAUUAAUUAUGGCUGACACCCUGAAAAUUAUUUCAUUAAAUGCACAAGGGUUCCGAAGUCCUGUAAAACAAGCCGAAAUUAUUAGCGUGGCCCGCGCAAAACAGUGUGACAUACUGUGUUUACAAGAAACAAAUUUUUUCACCAUUGGACAUGUCCUCACUUUCAAACGCACUUUUAACCUAGACUGUUUCUUCUCCUUCGCUACAUCACGAUCUAGCGGAGUUGGUAUUAUUAUUUUCAACAGAGCUCUCUUGCGAGAUCA